UGGUAGCAUAUGAAGCUCUAAGAUGGGAUGUGUUGCAAUGACUUUCACACCGAUUGAUUCUGUGUCACCCAACCAGAAAAAGUCAUCAGCGAUGAGGGAGAGUAUAAGGAAGAAGUAUGAGGACAUCCAGAGGGUUCUGGAUGAGGACCUGAGGAUGACUCUAACCCAGCUAGAGAUGGAGGAGAGAGCUGCAGUCACAGCCCUGGAGGACCUGAUGGAGAAGAACUGUACCAUCAUUCAGGAGAUAGAGCAGGAUCUGGCCAGGCUCACUUCUGAGCUGGCCCAGAAGGACAUUCUACUGCCUUAUUCAAUGGUGAUUUGGCUCUUCAGUUCAAUGGAUAUUGUUGAUGGAUGUAACUGUGAUAAGUACAUACUGUUGUAUUCAUUAUCACUAUCUUCAUUUCCUCUCCAUCUUCUCUAGGACACUGAGAUAGUAGGCAGGUAUGUCAUUUGAUCCAGAUAAAUGUUUUGUUUCUAAUACCACAUGCGAAACAGAGAUGUUUUCAAUUAUCAUUAUUGAUCAUAAACUGUCACUGUUCAUGUGAGGGCCCCUGCAGUAAAUAUUGGUGUCUGUCCUCUCUCACCCAGAGUGAUGGAUCUGCUGAGCAGGACAGACCCCAGCAAAGUGAACUUGGAUGAGCCUAAAGCUGACCAGAUCCUCAGCCUCACCAACAACAUGCUGCUACUCAUCCGCUCCCAGACCCCCAUCACCAAGAGACUCAUCAGGAGCUGUGAGUUCCCUUAGUAUUCCAUGAUGUCUUCUACAUUUUAAUGAUUUCAUUCUCAAGAUGUUGUGAUGUUAAUUACAACUGGAGAGUUACGCAGGUACUUUAAAAAAAAAAAACAUGGAUCAUCUAGUCUACACCAUGUGGUUUGUCAGAGUUCUUUCAUUAUAGAUACAUUUGUUACAUCUAUAAUUUAUGUGUGGAUAAGCCAUUAUAAUAUGCAGCAUGUUUCUGUACCUAGAAACGCAAUCUGAAUUGUACUUCACACUGCCCUCUCCCACCUGGACAAGAGGGGAAAUAACUACAGUGAGGGAAAAAAGUAUUUGAUCCCCUGCUGAUUUUGUACGUUUGCCCACUGACAAAGAAAUGAUCAGUCUAAAAACACCCCCAAAGCAUAUAUUGACGGUGGAGAUGGUGUUCUUGGGGUCAUAGGCAGCAUUCCUCCUCCUCCAAACACGGCGAGUUGAGUUGAUGCCAAAGAGCUCAAUUUUGGUCUCAUCUGACCACAACACUUUCACCCAGUUCUCCUCUGAAUCAUUCAGAUGUUCAUUGGCAAACUUCAGACGGGCAUGUAUAUGUGCUUUCUUGAGCAGGGGGACCUUGCGGGCGCUGCAGAAUUUCAGUCCUUCACGGCGUAGUGUGUUACCAAUUGUUUUCUUGGUGACUAUGGUCCCAGCUGCAUUGAGAUAGUUGACAAGAUCCUCCCUUGUAGUUCUGGGCUGAUUCCUCACUGUUCUCAUGAUCAUUGCAACUCCACGAGGCGAGAUCUUGCAUGGAGCCCCAGGCCGAGAGAGAUUGACAAGUCUUUUGUGUUUAUUCCAUUUGCGAAUAAUCACACCAACUGUUGUCACCUUCUCACCAAGCUGCUUGGCGAUGGUCUUGUAGCCCAUUCUAGCCUUGUGUAGGUCUACAAUCUUGUCCCUGACAUCCUUGGAGAGCUCUUUGGUCUUGGCCAUGGUGGAGAGUUUGGAAUCUGAUUGAUUGAUUGUUCUGUGGACAGGUGUCUUUUAUACAGGUAACAAACUGAGAUCCCUUUAAGAGUGUGCUCCUAAUCUCAGCUCGUUACCUGUAUAAAAGACACCUGGGAGCCAGAAAUCUUUCUGAUUGAGAGGGGGUCAAAUACUUAUUUCCCUCAUUAUAAUGCAAAUCAAUUUAUAACAUUUUUGACAUGCGUUUUUCUGGAUGUUUUUUGUUGUUAUUUUGUCUCUCACUGUUCAAAUAAACCUACCAUUAAAAUUAUAGUCUGAUCAUUUCUUUGUCAGUGGGCAAAUGUACAAAAUCAGCAGGGGAUCAAAUACUUUUUUCCCUCACUGUAUGUGAGAAUGCUGUCAUUCAGCUCAGCGUUCACACCAUAGUUCCCCCCAAGCUCAUCACCAAGCUGGGGACCCUGGGACUGAACACCUCCCUCUGCAACUGGAUCCUGGAUGUCUUGAAGGGCCGCCCUCAGGUGGUGAGGGUAGGCACCAACACCUCCGCCACGCUGACCCUCAACAGGGGGUCCCCUCAGGGUUGUGUGCUUAGUCCCCUCCUGUACUCCCUAUUCACUCCAAAACCAUCAUCAAGUUUGCUGACGACACAACAGUGGUAGGCCUGAUCACCGAAGGCGAUGAGACAGCCUACAGGGAGGAGGUAAGAGACUUGGCAGUGUGGUGCUAGGACAACAACCUCUCCCUCAACGUCAGUAAGACCAAGGAGCUUAUCAUGGACUAUAGGAGAAAGAGGGGAGAGCACAUCCCCAUCCACAUUGACGGGGCUGGUCAAGAGCUUCAUGUUCCUUGGUGUCCACAUCACUAAGGACUUAGCAUGGUCCACACACACUUGCACAGUCAAGAAGAGGGCACGACAAGCUGAAAAGAUUUGGCAUGGGCCCUCAGAUCCUCAAAAAGUUAUACAGCUGCACCAUCGAGAGCGUCUUGACUGGCUGCAUCACAGCUUGGUAUGGCAAAUACACCACCCUCGACCGCAAAGUGCUACAGAGGGUGGUGCGGACAGCCCAGUACAUCACUGGGGCUGAGCUCCCACUAGGUGCCCUUCUUUUCGAGGCAUUGGAAAGCCUCCCUGGUCUUUGUGGUUGAAUCUGUGUUUGAAAUACACUGCUCGACUGAGGGACCUUACAGAUAAUUGUAUGUGUGGGGUACAGAGAUGAGGUAGUCAUUCAAAAAUCAUGUUAAAUGCUAUUAUUGCACACAGAGUGAAUCCAUGCAACUUAUUACGUGACUUGUUGAGCAAAUUGUUAAUUAUUUAGGUUGCCAUAACAACGGGGUUGAAUACUUAUUGACUCAAGACAUUUCAGCUUUUCAUUUUCAAAAAUUUCUAAAAACACAAUUCCACUUUGACAUUAUGGGUAUUGUGUGUAGGCCAGUGACACAAAAUCUCAUUUUAAUCAAUUUUAAAUUCAGGCUGUAACACCAUUUUUUUUUUUUAGGUAAAGGGGUCUGAAUGCAUUCUGAAGGCACUGUACAUAUCUACCUCAAAUACCUUGUAACUCUGCACAUUGAUCUGGUACUGGUACUCCCUAUAUAUACAGCGGCUUCCGAAAGUAUUCAGAACCCUUGACUAUUUCAACAUUUUGUUACGUUACAGCCUUAUUCUAAAAUGGAUUCAAUAAAAAAAAAUCCUCAGGAAUCUACACACAAUACACCAUAAUGACAAAGCAAAAACAGGUGUUUUUUAAUUUUUGCAAGUGUAUUAAAAAUUAAAAACAGAAAUACCUUAUUUAUGUAAGUAUUCAGACCCUUUGCUAUGAAACUCGAAAUUGAGCUCAGGUGCAUCCUGUUUCAUCCUUGAGAUGUUUCUACAACUUGAUUGGAGUCCACCUGUGGUAAAUUUAAUUGAUUGGACAUGAUUUGGAGAGGCACACACCUGUCUAUAUAAGGUCCCACAGUUGACCGUGCAUGUCAGAGCAAAAACCAAGCCAUGAGGUCGAAGGAAUUGUCCGUAGAGCUCCGAGACAGGAUUGUGUCGAGGUACAGAUCUGGGGAAGUGUACCAAAAAAUGUCAGCAGCAUUGAAGGUCCCCAAGAACACAGUGGCCGCCAUCAUUCUUAAAUGGAAGAAAUGUGGAACCACCAAGACUAUUCCUAGAGCUGGCCGCCCGGCCAAACUGAGCAGUCGGGGGAGAAGGGCAUUGGUCAGGGAGGUGACCAAGAACUUGAUGGUCACUCUGACAGAGCUCUAGAGUUCCUCUGUGGAGAUGGGAGAACCUUCCAGAAGGACAACCAUCUCUGCAGCACUCCACCAAUCAGGCAUUUAUGGUAUAGUGGCCAGACGGAAGCCACUCCUCAGUAAAGGGCACAUGACAGCCCGCUUGGAGUUUGCUAAAAGGCACCUAAAGACUCUCACAGCAUGAGAAACAAGAUUCUCUGGUCUGAUGAAACCAAGAUUGAAAUCUUUGGCCUGAAUACCAAGUGUCACAUCUGGAGGAAACCUGGCACCAUCCCUACAGUGAAUCAUGGUGGUGGCAGCACAACGCUGUGGGGAUGUUUUUCAGCAUCAGGGACUGGGAGACUAGUCAGGAUCAAGGCAAAGAUGAACGGAGCAAAGUACAGAGAAAUCCUUGAUGAAAACCUGCUCCAGAGCGCUCAGGACCUCAGACUGGGGGCAAAGGUUCACCUUCCAACAGGACAAUGACCCUAAGCACACAGUCAAGACAACGCAGGAGUGGCUUCGGGACAAGAGUUGAGUGGCCCAGCCAGAGCCCGGACUUGAACCCAAUCGAACAUCUCUGAAGAGACCUGAAAAUAGCUGUGCAGCAACGCUCCCCAUCCAACCUGACAGAGCUUGAGAGGAUCUGCAGAGAAGAAUGGGAGAAACUCCCCAAAUACAGGUAUGCCAAGCUUGUAGCGUCAUACCCAAGAAGACUUGAGGCUGUAAUCGCUGCCAAAGGUGCUUCAAGAAAGUACUGUGUAAAGGAUCUGAAUACUUCUGUAAAUGUGAUUUUUCAGUGUUUUAUUUUUUAUAAAUUAGCAACAAUUUCUAAAAACCUGUUUUUGUCAUUAUUGGGUAUUGUGUGUAGAUUGAUGAGGGGGGGGGGGACCAUUUUAUACAUUUUAGAAUAAGGCUGUAACCUAACAAAAUGUGUAAAAAGUCAAGGGAUCUGAAUAGUUUCCAAAGGCACUGUAGAUCCAUUCUUGUGUAUUUUAUUUAUCUUGUGUUACUAUUUUUUAGAACUCUGCAGUGGUGGGAAGGGCUCGUAAGCAAGCAUUUCACUAUAAAGUCUACACCCGUUGAAUUCGGCGCAUGUGACAAAUAAAAUCUGAUUUGAUUUUAAAACCUAAAACUCUGUGAUUUCAAAGCGGUUAUUGCUUGCCAUACCCAGCCAGUGAUAAUAUUUUCUUUUAAAUACAGUCAUUUCUCACUGUAAAAAUACACAUCUGUCCCCAGAUUCCACAGAGGUUUCCCUGGACCCAGAGACAGCGCACCCCAAGCUGAUCAUCUCCCCGCGCGGUGACAGUGUCACCUACACAGACACCUGGCAGGAACUACCAGAGCUCCCGGGCCGCUUUGACACCACCCUCAACGUGAUCAGCCUGCAGGGCUUCAGCUCCGGGCGUCACUACUGGGAGAUAGAUGUGGCUGGGAAGACUUACUGGGAGCUGGGCCUCACCUACCCCACCAUCUCCCGCAAGGGCCGCGCCGAGGACUGCUGGCUGGGCCGUGGCUCUGACUCCUGGGCUGUGGAGUUCUUUGAUGGGGAGUACACAGCCUGGCACGGUGGGGUGCCCCACCAGCUGCCUGUCACAAAGCACUUCAGCCAUAUUGGGGUCCUAUGUAGUUUCCCAGCGGGCCUGGUGUCUUUCCUGGGGGCGGACAACAUGACCCCUCUGUUCUCGUUCUGCGCAGGGGCGUUCAGGGACUGUCUCCACCUGGCGUUGUGCUCAGGUCACGACCACAAUGGUACAAACGCCAAACCCAUUGUGAUCUGUAACGCACCUCCACCUCCUAGUGUUUUCCAGAAUGCCCAGAAAUGCUGACUCUGCUCCUUAUGAUGCUCCUACUGACUCUAUUCUUAAAGAUUUUGUCAAAUUUCUCAUGUUGCUGCUCUUUUAUCUAUUCAAGUACUUAAAUAUGCAUUCUGUAAUCUAUUAAUGACUGUAUUUAAGGUGCUGUUUUGAAAUAUAACGGGAGGAUCAAGAUCGUUUUAAAUGUAUUGUGGUUCCAGUUUUAGAGACAUCCUUAACUUUCUAACAAAAGUAUUAGUGGUUUUAGCUAUAUAUUUUUUUGCUGCUCUGUAAACCACACAGGGCCACAGAAGGAAGAUGUUUGGCCUAAAAUGCACUUCAUGCCCCUGGAGAGUAGCCUACACAGCUAACAUGUGAUGUGAAUCCAAAGUCUACACUCAAACAAACAACAAUCUCUCUUUGUAAAUAGGAUCUCUGAGCCCCAAUGGUAAUAUCCAAUAGUAGAUGACUAGUCCUAUGUGCUAAUUAUAUUUUAACAAACAAUCUAGUUCAGUCGCGCCUGUAUUGAUGAAUCACUUACCAUUAGAGUUGCAGAUAAUGUGUAUGUUUAUUUAUUAUAUGUGUUUCAUAAUUUAAGGUGAGCUCUCUUGACAUGAGAAAAACUCUGACUGACACCCCCCUUGGUCAAUAGAACAGUAGUGUGCGGUGAGAGACCUAGAUGCCAAAGCACUCUGUACAUACAAAGGUUAGUCUUCCCACACAAAUGGUUGGGAAAUUAUGUGGUGAUCUGACAGAAUCACUCUUCUAGCCGCACACAAUCACUGCCAUCAUGAACUCCAAGCUGCUUUUCUUCUGCAUCUUCCUUGUAUUGCUCAUCCUACCUGUUCAAGUAUGUAUUCUACUCAUUUCACUUUCUUUUUAAGGAAAUAUCAGGAAUAAAAGGGUGAUAGACUCAGUUGCAAGUUUAGAGUAAAUGCCUGUCAAACAUGUUUCCAGUUGUUUAAUUGUUUAUUUUGCUGUGUUCAAUAAAAUCUAAAAGAUGUGCUGUCAAUAUAAUUCCUAGAUAAAAUUGUUAUUUACAAGUUUUGCAGUUUGUUAAAUAUCGCAUGAUUGCUUGCAUUUGGCCCACUGUUGCCCAUAGCACUGGUAAAAUAUAAAUGUACUACUACUACUACUGUCCAUAGUGUUACUUGGUUGAAAGAAGAAUGAUUACAUCUUUUAUUCAGUUACAUAAACAUGAGAAGCAUGAAAAACAUAUGAAACAAGAAAAACACAACAAAAAACCUGAACGAAAAUACAGAAGAUUUGAGGAUAUUCUGAAGGGUAAGCACAUUACCCCAUUUAUUCAUAAUGGACAAUAGUGUAGGCUUUCACAAUAGCCUUUCACGCACAUACACACACAGAGACAUAGAGAGAGAGAGAGAGAGAGAGAGAGAGAGAGAGAGAUAGACCAUGUAACACUGCAAUAUUUGACAGUGUAUCUCUGCUCUAGACCCAUUCUUUGAGAUCGUAGAUGAACCAGGUGAGGAUGAUAGUGAUGAUCCUGACUGGCUUUAUGAACUCCAAGAACCACAUGGUAAGAUAUGAAGAAGAAAUUGUCUUCUAUUUACGCUACACUGUAAAACCUUUUCUGUUGUUUUUACCGUAACUUAAAGGCAGCCAGUUGACUGAAAGUUACCAUAGAAAAAGGUACAAUAUGUUGCUGUACUGUAUUUUACAGUAUCCAAUACUGAUACUGUGAUAUGUUAUACUGUUGUUUUUAUGGUAACUUGCAGGCAACUGGCUGCCUUUUUACGGUAAUUGUAACGAAUGAAUGAAUAAACAAAUUAAAUUCAUUGAGAGGAGAUGGGGUUUGUAUUUUACAGUAUUUUACCAUCAUUGUAUUGGAUUAGUAAUGUGUUUACAUAUUACAGCAUAUCAAUGAAUGCCAGUUUGGAAGUCUUUGUUUGGUCUUUUAUAUCAAUUGCACUUCUAGAAGCCUAAACAAAGGCUUCCAAACUAGUAGUGAAUACAGGGCAAAACAGACCAAAGGACAUGGCAAAUACUCAACCAUUACAUGUUUGAGACUUACUGCCACUCCGAUCUUUUCCCUAUACACAUUUAAUUGUUGGAGCACUACUACCACAUAUCAGUGAAAUUGGUACAGCAGUCUCACUAACGGGUGGCACAAAUGUAACCUCUUAAAAUGCACGCCUCAAAAUAUGUUCAUGAGCCAGAAAAACUAUACCAUGUAACCACUAGUGGUCAAAAGAUUUUUGGCACUCCAAAAAUACGUUACGGUACUGUAUUAUGUGGGGUGGAAUUACAGUACCAUUCGAAAUACCGCAAUUCUUUCCCCGCCCACAACAUUUUCCCACAAUGCACAAUCAUUUACAGUAUGCUGCAGUAUAAUGCUUCACAGUAUUUUACUGUUGAUAAAUGUACAAAUGUACUGUACUGUAUAAAUGCAAUGUUUUCAUUACACUGUAAUAUUCGGUGUAAUUAUAUUUGUAAAUCAUAUAAAUGUUGUACACACCUUGUUUGGUUGGUUCACUUCAGACCUUGAUGUCUCUCAAUCCUAUUACUCAGAAUUGCUUGAAAAAGUUGCAAGUUGCCAAUCCCACAAUGCUGUGCAGUUACAGUAAUGUACUGUUAUAAUUGACUGUUUACGCCUAGAAUCCCCCAGAGUGCAUUGCCAUUUACAGCAAUUUAUUGUAAAUAAUUAAUGUUACUUUACUGUUCGUUUGAUUGUAUAAUACUGUCAAAACAUCAAGAAAGUUUUACACUGUAGAUAUUUCAUAAGACAUCUAAAGUCGAUGCUGAGUUUAAAUCAGUCACUGUUUGAAACUUCUCAUGUAAAAUUCUUCCUCCUCCCCUUGUCUUGUUCAUACUGCAGGUCAAUGCAACCCAAACCCUUGCCUCAACAACGGUGUGUGUGAGGAGAAGGGAAAGAAGUUCAGAUGUGACUGUGCCAAGCCAUUCAAGGGCAAGAAGUGCCAGAAAGGUAGGAAAGGGAAAAGAGACUACAUAAAUUGAAAAAGAUUUGUACUUUAGUGCUUGGCUUGUAUAGUAGAUUUUAAAUAGUUUUUGUGUUUUAACACCAAAAAAUAUUUACAACAAAGAUUAUGCCACAUUUGCCUUGACACCACAUUAUGGAAUGAACUGAUUUGAAUCUGAUUUGUUCUUACAGGGCCCAAAAGGUGUAAGACGGGCACAUGUGGGCGUGGCGAAUGUGUGUUGACCUCUAAACCACCUUUCUACGAGUGCAAGUGCAAGCAGCCCUUCCUGCCCCCAGACUGCAAAUCAUGUGAGAGCCCUUCUAACCUCUGGCCUCUGAAGUGAAUGAUGAGUGUCCUCAUAAAUUAAUCAAAUUAUUAUCCUCUUUCAUUUUUUGGGUAAUUGAAGAAAAUAGCAAUGUAUACUAUGGAAUUUUUUGGUCAUUUCUAGCUAAGCAUGGUUUCUGUAAUCACGUUUCUCUUCCAGUUGCGGUGUGUCAGCCUAACCCUUGUAAGAAUGGAGGCUUGUGCGUCAGGGACGGCAUGGACUUUGACUGCCUCUGCCCAGAAGGCUUCAAGGGAAGUUUCUGUCAUGUUGGUAAAUAAAUACAGUACAUUCCAGCUCUUCAGUCAGCCAAUAGAGUUGGGUUCAUAUCCAUUUCAGGAACUAAACCGAAAUUUGUUGAAGAAAAUGGAAUUGGAAUUUCAGUUUACUAAAUUGCUAGAAUUUAAAUGGAAUGGUCGAGCCGUUCCUGAUAUACUGACUGGAUGUAAAUGUCAUCAUCUUGACUAGGCCCAAAUGACUGUUACAAGCUCAAGGAUGAAGGGGAGUCGUAUCGCGGCAACGUGAGUGAGACAGAUGAUGGAGAUGAAUGUCUCUACUGGAACUCCCAUUUCAUCCUGAAGAAAGGCGUUGAUCCCUUCAAUGACUUUGAGGAUGACGAUGGACUGGGCCCUCAUAACUUCUGCAGGUCUGGGCCCAUAUUCACAUAGAGUCUCAGAGUAUGAGUGAUGAUGUAGGAUCAGUUUAGCCUUUUAGAUAAUGAUGAAUACAAUUAUAUGGACAGGGGGACCUGAUCCUAGAACAGCAGUCCUACUCUGAGAUGCUUUUUAAUAAAAGGCCCAGGUUUAAUAAAUUAUCUUUAAUAAUGAUUGACAUUUGCUAUACAAUACAUCGGUAGAGUAUAAAUAUUAAAAGACACCUUAUAUACUUAUCUCUCUCACUCAAACCUAUUGCUGUAUACACUUAACUCUGCUGUUUACUGUUGUGUAUUGCCUGGUCCAGAAACCCAGAUGGUGACACUAAGCCAUGGUGUUUCAUAAGAAGAGGGCGGGCGCUGCUGUGGGAUCACUGUGAUGUCAGGAAGUGUGCUACUGGUCCCAAGCCCACUACUACAACUACUACAACUACCAAGCCCACUACUACAACUACCAAGCCUACUGCUGGUCCCAAGCCCACUACUAUAACUACCAAGCCUACUGCUGGUCCCAAGCCCACUACUAUAACUACCAAGCCUACUGCUGGUCCCAAGCCCACUACUAUAACUACCAAGCCUACUGCUGGUCCCAAGCCCACUACUCUAACUACCAAGCCCACUACUACAACUACCAAGCCUACUGCUGGUCCCAACACCACUACUACAACUACCAAGCCUACUGCUGGUCCCAAUCCCACUACUACACCACCCAAGCCAAAACCAACACCGGCCAAACCCUCAGCAGGUCCAGAGAAGCCUACAGCGCCAAAGCCCAGUGGAGCCCCAGGACUGACCACAGCCAGCCUCACCUCUGAUAAGCAGUUCACCACAUGUGGAAAGCCCCAGCCGAAGAAGGCCAUCACCAGGAUCUACGGAGGCUUGAAAGCCAUCCCUGGAGCCCAGCCCUGGCAGCUGUCCCUACAGGUCCGACCCAAGAGCUCCAGCCAGUCAUACAGGCACAUCUGUGGAGCGGUGCUCAUCGAUAGCUGCUGGGCACUGACCGCCGGCCACUGCAUGUGAGCAUAACUGUAAUACAGUGCCUUCAGAAAGUAUUCAUACCCCUUGACUUAUUCCACAUUUUGUUGUGUUACAGCCUGAAUUUAAAAUGCAUUAAAUACUUACACACAAUACCCCAUAAUGACAAAGUGGAAACAUGUUUUUUGAAAUGUUUGCAAAUGUAUAGAAAAUUAAAUACAGAAAAACCUAAUUUACAGAAGUAUUCACACCCCUGAGUGAAUAAAUGUUAGAAUCACCUUUGGCAGCGAUUACAGCUGUGAGUCUUAAUGGGGAAGUCUGUAAGAGUUUUGCACACCUGGAUUGUACAAUAUUUGCACAUUGUUAUUUUUAAAUUCUUCAAGCUCUGUCAAGUUGGUUGUUGAUUAUUGCUAGACAGCCAUUUUCAAGUCUUGGCAUAUAUUCUCAAGCCGAUUUAAGUCAAAACUGUAACUAGGCCACUCAGGAACGUUCAAUGUCUUCUUGGUAACCAACUCCAGUGUAUAUUUGGCCUUGUGUUUUAGAUUAUUGUCCUGCUGAAAGGUGAAUUUGUCUCCAAGUGUCUGUUGGAAAGCAGACUGAACCAGGUUUUCCUCUAGGAUUUUGCUCUAUUCCAUUUAUUUUUAUCCUAAAAAAAUGUUUUACGCUUGGCUCUCAGGCCAAAUAGUUCAACCUUGGUUUCAUCAGACCAGAGAAUCUUGUUUCUCAUGGUCUGAGAGUCCUUUAGGUUCAUUUUGGCAAACUCCAAGUGGGCUGUCAUGUGCCUUCUACUGAGGAGUGGCUUCCGUCUGGCCACUCUACCAUAAAGGCCUGAUUGGUGGAGUCCUGCAGAGAUGGUUGUCCUUCUGGAAGGUUCUCCCAUCUCCACUGAGGAACUCUGGAGCUCUGUCAGAGUGACCAUCGGGUUCUUGGUCACCUCCAUGACCAAGGUCCUUCUACCCCGAUUGUUGAGUUUGGCCGGGCAGCCAGCUCUCGGAAGAGUCUUGAGGGUUUCAAACUUCUUCCAUUUAAGAAUGAUGGAGGCCACUGUGUUCUUGGGAACCUUCAAUGCUGAAGAAAUGUUUUGGUACCCUUCCCCUGAUCUGUUCCUCGACACAAUCCUGUCUCAGAGCACUACGGACAAUCCCUUCGACCUCAUGGCUUGGUAUUUGCUCUGACAUAUACUGUCAACCUUAUAUAGGCAGAUGUGUGCCUUUCCAAAUCAUGUCCAAUCAAUUGAAUUUACCAAUCAAGUUGUAGAAACUUCUCAAGGAUGAUCAAUGGAAAAAGGAUGCACCUGAGCUCAAUUUUGAGUCUCAUAGCAAAGAGUCUGAAUACUUAUGUAAAUAAGGUAUUUCUGUUUUUGUUUUUUUAUACAUUUGCAAACAUUUCAAAAACCUGUUUUCGCUUUGUCAUUGUGGGGUAUUGUUUGUAGAUUGAUGAGGAAAUAAAUAAAUGUAAUCCUUUUUAGAAUAAGGCUGUAACGUAACAACAUUUGGAAAAAGUGAAAGGGUCUGAAUACUUUCCGAAUGCACUGUAUAUCAAUCCCACGGUUCACUGCAAGUUAUUUGUGUAACCCUACAUUGUGUUUGUGUUGGACCAGUGAUCCAAAGGACCAGAUGCAGGUGGUGGCUGGGGGUCUGACUCUAGGUACGGAUGUGCCCAUUGGGCAGACGAUCCAGGUGGAGAAAGCCACAAGGCAUGAGAACUACAAGGAGACAUCCGCAGCUGUAUACAAUGACAUAGGUGAUUUUUGCUCUUUCUCAAAGCUCUAUUUACUGUAGUUUGCAUGUCAGGAUUCCCUUAAGGAUGGUCUAUUGUUAUUAGGGGUUGGGGUCAAUUCCAUUUCAAUUUAGUCAAUUGAGGAAGCAAACUGAAAUUCCAAUCUCCAAUUCCAAUUUUUCGCAAUGCUUUUCAAUAAGGAACAAUUGGAAUUAGAAUUUCAGUUCACUUUUUGAAUAUAAUUGACUGAAAUUAAAUUAAAUUGAUCCUAUUUCUACUUUAUAUUUUAUAUGGGUCUAUACAUUUCUACCUCUUUAAAAAAAAAACAUGUUCCCAUAUUAUAUUUGAAUGUAUAACAUCACGUGCAAUACGAUUCAAUCAUUGCUUACAUUGUAACUGUGAAGAAAUCCCAAUAAAACUAGUUUUGAAAUUGAAAUUAAAUCCCAUCCCUGAUUGUUAUAUUUUAGUGACUGCAAAGUCAAUGUACCAUAAUAUAUAUUUCCUUUCUGACCCAAAGCUCUGCUGAAGCUGAAAACCACAGAUGGUCGCUGUGCCAGAGAGAGCCAGUUUGUGAAGGCAGCCUGCUUGCCUGAUAGCUCAUUCCCUGAUGGGACUGAGUGCACCAUCUCUGGAUGGGGCGCUACUAAGGACUGUAAGAGCAGGCUCUACUGCAUUUCCUUAUGUUCAUGUACAGUGUGCAUGUACCAGUGGUGGUCAGUGCCGUUUAUUAUGAGGGAGGACACAUUUCUUUUUCCAUGAGCAUGGCCUUAUGUCUAUUACAGCAUGUUGGAUGACUGUCAUUCAUAUUCCAUUCACCCAGUUCAAUGUAACAUCGAUAGGUGUAGGCUACUACAUGAUACUCAAAUUUUCCCUGUACCCAUCAUGAGGUUGUUACAACCUAGCCUAUGAACAUUUACAAUGUAGGUACACACAGGUCGAGAGAUACAUUUUAGAUGACAGACAGUGACACAUUCAAUACCGCCAUGCACACUCUUGCCUGCAUCUAGCUUAUCUAGGGUGUAAUCAUUAGUCCAACAGUUGCAAACAAGAGUUUCUAUUGGACAGAUUCAGGUAUUUUUAUCCCCGUUUCGUUUGGUUCCGUUUAAGAAACGUUUUUCAACAGAAUCGGCGGAAUGAAUACACCUCUGAUCGCGCAUAAACACAGUUCACUUUCAUAGCAGCUACAUUGUAUUCAUUCUAGCCUCUAUGCACUCUCCUCCUCUCACCUUUUCCCUUUGUUUGUGGACUUCAAUGAACAACACAUCAGCUGUAUGUGGCAAGGCGAAAAAACCUUUCCAAACAAUGUCAUAACCGCUACACACAGCCUACAUCGUUGUCCCCAUAUUAGCUAAAGUAACGUCCUAGUCAACAUAGCUAAUAGAACUAAUGCGUUAGUAAACCCGCUACAAUCACGCAGUAACGUUACAGUGUGUAGUCAGUAAGCAGUUACAUCGGCGGGCCCCGGUGGCAAUAAAUUUAAAAAAACAAAAGCUUACCUUGACUUGGAAGAGUUCCAAUGUUGUGUUGGAUAGUCAUAGCCAGCUAGCUAACAUAGCAUCCGUCUGUUUGAGCCGGGUGUUUGAGUAACUAAACUAGCCAGCUGCUUUUGUUAGCUAAGUAAGUGAAACUGAAAGUGAAAAAAAAAAAUGACGAGAUCAAUCUCUCUCUCUCUUGCUUCUCCUUCAUUUUUGAAGAAAUAAUUUGUUGAAAACUGUUCAACUAUUGUAUUUCUCUCUCUUUGCGUCAACUACUCACCACAUUUUAUGCACUGCAGUGUUAGCUAGCUGUAGCUUAUGCUUUCAGUACUAGAUUCAUUUGCUGAUCCUUUGAUUGGGUGGACAACAUGUCAGUUUAUGCUGCAAGAGCUCUGAUAGGUUGGAGGACGUCCUAAUAAUUGUCAUAAUUACUGUGUAAGUCUAUGGAAGGGGGUGAGAACAAAGAGCCUCUUAGGUUUUGUAUUGAAGUCUAUGUACCAAGAGGAGGACAGAAAAUAGCUAUCCUCCGGCUACACCAGGGUGCUACCCUACAGAGUGCUGUUGAGGCUACUGUAGACCUUCAUUGCAAAACAGUGUGUUUUAAUCAAUUAUUUGGUGAUGUGAAUAUAUUUAGUAUAGUUUUAUCUAAAAAUGAUAACUUUUCCAAUGUUUUACCAUUUUUAUUUUUUAUGAAAUUCAAUGAGGAGGAUGGUCCUCCCCUUCCUCCUGUGAUGAGCCUCCACUGGCAUGUACUUAUGUUGCCAUCAUGCACACAGCAUAUUUAUUUAAUUAUAUUACUUGCGUCAUGUGCAUGUACACUAGUCAUGUGUUAUUUCAAAAUUGAACUGAAUUCAAUCGAAUGGAAUCUGAUCAUAUUACAUGGGUCUUUUGUGUAAGCUUGUAAUCAUCUGUUAUACAUGUAUAUAUAUAUAUAUAUAUAUAUAUAUAUAUAUAUAUAUAUAUAUAUAUAUAUAUAUAUAUAUAUAUUAUAUAUAUUUAUAUAUGUCAUUCUCUUUCUCUACUUUCUAGAAGUGUGUAAACUGUUAUUUUCCUUUCACUAUCGCUCUUCUGCUCUUUCCCCCCCCCCGUAGCUGUCUAUGGCUCCAACCACCUACAGGAUGCCCAGGUGCUGCUGAUCAGUCAGAAGAGCUGUUCAAGCAGUAAAGUCUAUGGGAGCACCAUAGACAACACCAUGUUUUGUGCCGGUUACCUGCAGGGAGGAGCGGACUCCUGCCAGGUCAGUGAGGUGGUUGGGUUGGAUGGGGACUCGAGGCUGUGUUUGGGAGGUGCUUUGAGACUAACUCUGGCUGAGUACAGUAUGAUACAGUUGAAGUUGGAAGUUUACAUACACUUAGGUUGGAGUCAUUAAAACUAGUUUUUCAACCACUCCACAAAUGUCUUGUUAACAAACUAUCGUUUUGGCAAGUCGGUUAGGACAUCUACCUUGUGCAUGACACAAGCAAAUGUUCCAACAAUUGUUUACAGACAGAUUAUUUCACUUAUAAUUCAUUGAAUCACAAUUCCAGUGGGUCAGAAGUUUACAUACACUAAGUUGACUGUGCCUUUAAACAGCUUGGAAAAUUCCAGAAGAUGAUGUCAUGGCUUUAGAAUCUUCUGAUAGGCUAAUUGACAUCAUUUGAGUCAAUUGGAGGUGUACCUGUGGAUGUAUUUCAAGGCCUACCUUCAAACUCAGUGCCUCUUUGCUUGACAUCACAAAAUAGAUGGCAUCAUGAGGAAUGAAAAUUAUGUGGAUAUAUUGAAGUAACAUCUCAAGUUAAAGCUGGGUCGCAAAUGGCUCUUACAAAUGGACAAUGACCCCAAGCAUACUUCCAAAGUUGUGGCAAAAUGGCUUAAGGACAACAAAGUCAAGGUGUUUAGUGGCCAUUACAAAGCCCUGACCUCAAUCCUAUAGAAAAUGUGUGGGCAGAACUGAAAAAGCGUGUGCGAGCAAGGAGGCCUACAAACCUGACUCAGUUACACCAGCUCUGUCAGGAGGAAUGGGCCAGAAUUCACCCAACUUAUUGUGGGAAGCUUGUGGAAGGCUACCCGAAACGUUUGACCCAAGUUAAACAAUUUAAAGGCAAUGCUACCAAAUACUAAUUGAGUGUAUGUAACUUAUGACCCACUGGGAACGUGAUUAAAGAAAUAAAAGCUGGAAUAAAUCAUUGUCUCUACUAUUAUUCUGACAUUUCACAUUCUUUUUUUACUAGGAUUAAAUGUCAGGAAUUGUGAAAAACUAAGUUUAAAUGUAUUUGGCUAAGGUGUAUGUAAACUUCCAACUUCAACUGUAUCACAUAAAGCAUAGUUUGGGGGUAUUGAAUUAUGAUUGGAUUGAGAUUACUUUGUGUUUGGUAUUGAAUGGUUUGAAAAUGUUUCAUGAACACUCCGUGUGACUGACAGGGUGACUCUGGAGGGCCGCUGACUUGUAACAAGGAGGGCACCCAUUUCAUCUACGGUAUAGUGAGCUGGGGAGACCAGUGUGGGUUGAAGAACAAGCCUGGGGUCUACACACGGGUCUCCCACUACCUUGACUGGAUAAAGUCAAAGACACAAGCAGCAUAGCUGGGCUAUGCCAGUCCAUACAGUUGCAGGCACUAAAAAGUUAGAUCACAGCACGGUAUUGGCAGAACAAUUCCGCAAUGCAUAUGCAACAUUGUGAUUUAGCAUCUUCUAGCGGUAGUUUAUCACAAAAACCUUGCAGUAGUGCUAAAAUAGCUGUCUCUUAAGUGGUCCGCUACUGAGUAAUCAUUGAUUUAUGUUUUGAAUAUAGCUGUUAUUCCAGGAUAUAAAAUGACUGACUUGACUGUAGGAGAACAAAACCAUUAAACUUCUCUAUAUGCACCUUCCUCCAAAGAUGGGGAUUCUGAA